GCAGCACUUCCUCGAAGCGGAGGCUCGAGAACGCGCUCCGCGGUGACGCGCACGGAGGGGAAGUGGAGAGACGGAAGGACGGACGUUGAAUAAACUUGCCAACUUCUAGCUAACUGGCUAGAAAUACAGUUAGAGAAUAUGUUACAGAAGAACUGCUUGCUUAUUUCGAUACAGAUUUAGUUAGCUAACUAAACGCCCUGUCUACAUUCAGUCACCUACCUCUCAACUCGACACACGACCAGGGGACUCCAGCAGUUUUCAAACAGACGUUGCACUUACUCAUCCGACCCGAAGUCAUCAACCGUGACAAAGUCACAUUUAGCUGUGUUUAAAGUGCUCCGAUAACCAGACAACUGCUCUAUCGCGACACACAAUCAGCUCGCUGGCUCGGCGGGAGUCGAGCUUGUUCUCCUUGUGGCAAAAGUUGUCCGCGGUUGUCGUGGUGGUGGUGGAGCCGACGAGGCCUGCAGUCGAGGAGGCUGCAUGUGUGAGGACCGAAGCUGGCGAGGAGUGACUCACACAACGUUAGCUGAACACUCAGAAACAUGUCGGCCCAGGCGCAGAUGCGAGCGAUGCUGGACCAGCUCAUGGGGACGGGGAGAGACGGAGAUACCAUGAGGCAGAGAAUCAAAUUCACAGAUGAGCGGGUCUGCAAAAGUCACCUCUUGGAUUCAUGUCCUCAUGACAUCCUGUCUGGCACCAGGAUGGACCUGGGAGAGUGUAUGAAAGUCCAUGACUUGGCUCUCAGAGCAGACUACGAGAUUGCCUCUAAGGAGCAGGAGUACUUCUUCGAACUUGAUGCUGCUGAGCACCUUCAGUCUUUCAUUGCUGACUGCGAUCGCAGGACCGAGCUGGCAAAGAAGAGACUAGCCGAGACACAGGAUGAGAUCAGCGCUGAAGUAGCUGCAAAGGCUGAACGUGUUCACGAGCUGAACGAAGAGAUUGGGAAGAUGCUUGCUCGAGCCGAGCAGCUCGGGGGUGAGGGGAACGUAGACGAGGCCCAGCAAUUGCUGGAAAUGGUGGAGAAGACUCGGGGCUUGAAAAAGGAAGCAGAGGAUGUGUACAGGAACUCAAUGCCAGCCUCAAGCUUUCAACAGCAAAAACUACGGGUGUGUGAGGUGUGCUCUGCCUACUUGGGUCUUCAUGACAAUGAUCGUCGUCUGGCUGACCACUUUGGGGGCAAACUGCACCUCGGCUUCAUUGAAAUCCGGGAGAAGCUUGACAAGCUACGGAAAGCAGUUGUAGAGAAACAAGAAAGAAUGCGAAUGAGAAGACGAGAGGAACGCGAAAGAGAAGAUGAAAGAGAGCGAGAGUGGGAGCUGGAACGGGAGCGAGAGCGGGAGAGAGAACGCGAGAGAGAGCGAGAGUGGGAGAGAGAACGAGACAGGGAGCGGGAGCGUAGGAGGUCAAGAUCUAGAAGUGGUGAGCGAUACAGGGAUGGAGGCAGUUCGUCCUCCCAUCGUUCGAGACGCCAUCGCUCCUCUCAUUCUAGAGAAGAGGGUGGAGACCGGGAUCGUGAGAGAGAGAGGAAACAUCGACACAAGGAAAGACAUCGCUCACGCUCCCACUCUCACAGGCACAAAAGGAAGAGGUCAUCCAGAGAAAGAACAUCUCAUACCCGUGAAAGAGAAGGCUCACCGUCCCAGGAGAAAUGUGGAGAGGGGUGGCGUGAUGACAAGGCGGAGUUCAGAGACUGGGAGGACAGGGAGAGGUCCCCCUGUGCGGACACAGCCAAGGGCAGGGAACGAGAGCGAUCCCUGUCAUGCGAGCGGGACCGACGCUCCAGCUCUGAGGAGCGAGAGUCAGGGGAGAUAUGAACAGGAGGAAGUCUGGAUAUAUUGUUUAGCAAAAGGAGCAUGGAGAAAUGAGUGUGUGUUGGCGCGAGUGUGUGUGUCGGCUUUGUAUGUGUGUUCAUGUUGAAAGUGGGACAUGUACAUUAGCAGGGGUGGACAGUGGAAACUUAACUUUGGGGAUUGGGGAUAAGCCUGAGUGGUGGCGAUCAAGGAACACGCAAACCAUCUUUUAUAAGAUAAUAGUGAGGCUAGUGGAAGCAGUAUAGUCAUUUUUUUUAUGCCAUCUUGUCAAUCUUAUGUACAGUCAUUGAUUCUCGGUUAUUUUGGCAGUGAGGAGGGAUGAGUGAGUGAAGAGACAGCAGCCUUAUUCGAGUCUGUUUUUCAUUUUGCUCAGAAUUUGCUGUUAUUUUUUUAUCAUUAGUUGGACCCUAAAUGUUAAUACUGUUUUUCUGGCUCCAUUACGAAUCGAGCGGUAGAUUCAUUUACACAGGUUGGACUCAUUAAUGUGGCAUGAUCGUUGCAGUAAUGUUGGAAAUGAGCUGUGAAUGACUGAAGGCACUUCUGAUGUUUUGUGUUUUAUUUGCUGCCUUCAAGCCAUAACAAUCUCAUUUGGAAAAUCUGAUAGGCUACGCUUCCUUGAGCCUUCUCUUAAUCCAGGAUGCAGUGAUGAGCUCGUAAAUAAACUCCACUCAUCCCUCUGCAAGAAGUCCUCCACAUGUUUCCACCUAAGUUCCUGACAUGUUGAAUGCAUAUAGAUGAUGUGCAUCUUUGCAUACUGACACUCAAUGGCCCAGGGACUUGUGUCCUGUUUGCUGUGAUACAACCUGGAUGUACUGGGGAAAUCUACUUCGCUGUGCCACCAUUAAGAGAAUAAAAUGUUCUGCUUCGAUUCAAA